AUGGCGCUAGCGGCGGCCGGCACGCCGCAAAUCACAGCACAACAACCGCUGCAGGCCACCCCGCCGCUACAAAGCAACGGAACCACGCCGUUCGGCACCGUGGCCUUCCCUCUCCGCGCCGCCGGCGGCGGAGCUGCAUUCGACGCUCACUCGCUCGCGGCGCGCCACAUUGGCGGGCUAGUAACCACGGGAAACACCUCCGCGUUCAACUCCUCUGCUGACGUCAUCUCCAGCAGCAACUUCGAGAGCGCCUUUUCCGAAAGCGGCGGCGGCGGCGGCGGAGGCGAGAAACUCAAGAACGAAAUGGAGGAUGGGUGGGAGUCCUUCUCACCCCAGCAACGCCGCCAGUCCCUGCCCUCGCCCUUGCUUGCUGGUCACCCCCAGAGGCUCUUCACCAGCCCUGCUGCUGCUAAUGCUGCUACUGCUGCUGUGUCGAGGCUCGGACCGUCUAAGCUCGGGGUCACCAGCAGCCCUGCUACUGCUGCUACAGCCGCUACAGCCGCUGCCGGCGCUGCCGGCGCAGGUGGGAGCCGGCGGAGUGGGUCAAACAGCGCCGACCGGGCGGCACGAGCCUCGGCCGGCGAGGAUUCCCCGGCUCGGCAGAGCGGGCGGCAGGGCGACGCUCCGAGCGGCGGCGAGGCGGGCGGGGCGGUAGUGCAAGCUACAGGUUCGGGAGAAGGUGGCGCGCACGGCAGGGAGAGCGGCGACAGGCACGGGAGCGACGGAGAGAGCUCCGAUGAGAUGGAGGGGGGCGCCCACAUGGACCAGUUUGCGGACGAUCAUGCGCCGGCCGGCAAUUCUCGGCGGGUGGGCAGCGGCAGCGCGGGGGAUUCUGGGCUGGGCGUGAAGGCGGAGAAGCGGCAGAUCAAGAUGAAGAGCCACGUGGAGAGCCAAAGGCGCAAGCGAAUCAGUGACGGGCUGAAGCGGCUGAGAGAUUCGGUGAAAGGCACCGGCGACACGGCUACCAUGCUGGAUGAGGCAGUGGCUUAUGUGGAAGGACUCAAGCAACAAGUGACAGCCCUGCAAUCUGCUGGCGUACCCAACCGCUCUGCUGGCGUCUCCAAGCUCUCUGCUGCUGCCUACAACCGCUCUGAUGCCGCUCGCAACCGCUCUGCUGCCGCCUCCAACCGCUCUGAUGCCGCCUCCAACCGCUCUGCUGCCGCCUCCAACCGCUCUGCUGCCGCCUCUAACCGGCUGCCGCCUCUAACCGCUCUGCUGCCGCCCCCAACCGCUCUUCUGCCACCUCCGACCGCUGCUGCCUCCAACCGCUCUGGUGCCGCCUUCGAACGUUCUGAUGCCCCCUCCAACCGUUCUGCUGCCGCCUCCAACCGCUCUGCUGCCGCCUCAAACCGCCUUGCUGCCGCCUCCAACCGCUCUGCUGCCGCCUCCAACCGCUCUGCUGCCGAGAUUGUAUCUGUCACCUACGUCUCACCAGCGCCCCAUUCAACCGAGACAGAAGCCCCUCCAUCACUGACAGAGUGCGCGGGUCCCAACACCGGCUCCUCUCGUCACCGUCACCUUCGUCUCUCCAGCGCCCCGUUCGACCGAGAAAGCAGCACCCCCAUCACUGACAGCGUGCACAGCCUGUGUUUGACCAAGAAAGCAGCCCCUCCAUCACUGACAGUGUGCGUGGGCGUGGGUCGGAGCAUCAGCGGUGCUGCAGACUCCUUCUGA